CCCGUCGACUCGUGCAGUAGGGUUAAAGUUUUAGCGAGUUCGAUUCGAUCAAACUGGUUGUGGCCUGUGGGGAACUCCCGCCUUUUCUCACUGACUGAGCUCGGUUGCGCAGCUAGAGUCACUCGACCACGAUGAGAAUUGCAGUGGAAGGAUGCAUGCACGGAGAUCUCGACAAUGUUUACGCGACUCUUCUGCAUUUGGAGAAAGUAGAAAACACAAAGAUCGACCUUCUCCUAUGCUGUGGUGAUUUUCAGGCUGUUAGAAAUGAAAGGGAUUUGGAGAGCUUAAAUGUCAAGCCUAAAUAUAGGAGCAUGAACUCGUUUUGGAAGUACUACUCAGGACAGGAAGUUCCUCCCUUUCCAACUAUUUUCAUUGGUGGGAAUCACGAAGCAUCCAAUUAUCUUUGGGAACUAUCAGUAUUACUUUUUGGCUGCCUUUCCAGAUACUAUGGAGGAUGGGCAGCGCCUAAUAUAUAUUUCUUGGGGUUUGCUGGAGUGAUUAAGUUUGGCAACAUUCGAAUCGGUGGUCUUUCUGGAAUUUAUAAUGCACGACACUACCAAUUAGGACACUACGAGAGGCCUCCUUAUAAUGAAAGUGAUAUUCGGUCUAUCUACCAUGUGCGUGAGUACGAUGUCCUCAAGCUCAUGCAAGUUGAGGAACCAAUUGAUAUUUUUCUUUCCCAUGAUUGGCCUCUUGGAAUCACUGACUACGGAAACUGGAAGGAACUUGUUCGACACAAACGUUUUUUUGAGAAAGAGAUUCAGGAUAGAACACUAGGAAGCAAGGCUGCUACAGAAUUGCUUGACAAAUUGAAACCACCAUACUGGUUUUCUGCUCAUCUUCACUGCAAGUUUGCAGCUCUUGUUCAACAUGGAGAGGGUGGUGCAGUAACAAAAUUUCUUGCACUUGAUAAAUGCCUCCCAGGGCGCAAAUUUUUGCAGAUUGUUGAAAUUGAAUCGGAGCCAGGACCUUAUGAGAUUCAUUAUGACGAAGAAUGGAUGGCAAUAACACGGAAAUUCAAUUGUAUCUUUCCUUUAACCAGGAAGCACAUGCAGUUGGGGGGUCUGCAGCUCGACUUGCAAGAUUGUCGUCAAUGGGUCAGGAGUAGGCUAAAAGCACGAGGAAGUAAGCCUUUUGAUUUUAUACGGACCGUACCUCCAUAUGAUCCUUUUCAAUCAGUCAUGGAAGGUUCCUUAUCUGGAAAUUGUCGAAACCCUCAAACAGAAUCCUUACUGCAGUUUCUGGAACUUCCAUAUCUUCUUGACAAUACAUUAGAACCAAGUGGACUACACCAAAAUCCAGUGUCAUUGAUUUCUAGAGAUGAUAGUGAAGGGGGUGUGGAUGAAGAUAAUGAGGAUGCUGCUAUUGAUGACAUGGAUGAAAUGGAAGAACUUGAGGAAAUUGAUGAUGUGGAUACCAAGCAUAAUAGAUAGUGCAGUUUUGCAUUUGGGUAAAGCUAACCUCUAUUCUCAGUUUCCCUUUGUGCUUUUCUAUGGUAGUUGACUAUGAAUCCAUAGUUUAGGAAUGGAACGUCAACCGUUUGAGUUUUGGGCUUGACUCUUUGAAAGUAUGUCAUAUGUGACAGUUUUUGGCCUUAGUUACCAGUUUACCUGUAUAUACUAGCAAAAGCCUUUUGUAACGCAUGUUAAAGUACUGCUACAUCCUGUAUGUUUGUUUUAGUUUUUCUAAUCUCAUUUUUGGGCUGUCUUUGUAUUUU